CUGGCUGGCAGUGGGACAAUGCAGUGUCGGUGUCUGCAGUAUUCUGACUUCUGGACGCUGGAGACUGCAAGCUGGAAUUGUAGCGUCCUCUCAUUUCCGAUCUCUACCCGCGCGCGUGGCUGCCUUGGCCAGCAAGCUUUUGAUUUUGUUGAUUGAGAAAACACAUCUAAGGAAAUAUAGGACACCCCGCUGCCAGCUCUAGCCCAGGGCUAGUGCAGGGCACGCAGGAUUCCGAGUGCUGCACGCCCUCCGGCUGCGGAAACUUAAUCCCUGGUCUGAAAUUCGCUGCACAUUUUCAUUUCUGGGAACGUGAUCCCAGCAUUCGAAAGCCAAGAUGCCGGCCCACAUACUGCAAGAGAUCUCCAGCUCUUACUCAACCACCACCACAAUCACAACGCCUCCCGCUGGGGGGCAGCAAAAUGGAGGCGAGAGGUUUGAAAAGAAUUCCCACCACUGGGGAGCAGAGGUUCGCCCUGAAAUAAAAGAUGAUCUAUAUGACCCCACCUACCAGGAUGCGGAGGGCCCCCCGCCCAAACUGGAGUACGUGUGGAGAAACAUCAUCCUCAUGGCCCUGCUGCACGUGGGAGCCCUGUAUGGGAUCACACUGGUUCCCAGCUGCAAGUUCUACACCUGCCUCUUUGCAUAUUUGUACUAUUUAAUCAGUGCUCUGGGCAUCACAGCUGGGGCUCAUCGCCUGUGGAGUCACCGAACUUACAAGGCGAGGCUGCCUCUGAGGCUCUUCCUCAUCAUUGCCAACACUAUGGCUUUCCAGAAUGAUGUAUAUGAAUGGGCCCGAGAUCACCGCGCCCAUCAUAAGUUCUCAGAAACCCACGCUGAUCCUCAUAAUUCCCGUCGUGGCUUUUUCUUCUCUCACGUGGGUUGGCUGCUUGUGCGCAAACACCCAGCUGUCAAAGAGAAGGGUGGUAAACUGGACAUGUCUGACUUAAAAGCCGAGAAACUGGUGAUGUUCCAGAGGAAGUACUACAAGCCCGGUCUCCUGUUGAUGUGCUUUAUUCUGCCCACACUUGUGCCCUGGUAUUGCUGGGGUGAAACUUUUCUAAACAGCUUGUGUGUUAGCACUUUCCUGCGAUACGCUGUGGUGCUCAAUGCCACCUGGCUGGUGAACAGUGCCGCCCACCUCUACGGAUAUCGUCCAUACGACAAGAACAUUAGCUCUCGGGAGAAUAUCCUGGUUUCAAUGGGAGCUGUAGGCGAGGGCUUCCACAACUACCACCACUCCUUCCCCUUUGACUACUCAGCCAGUGAGUACCGCUGGCACAUCAACUUCACCACGUUCUUCAUCGACUGCAUGGCCGCGCUCGGUCUGGCUUAUGACCGGAAGAAAGUAUCCAAGGCCGCUGUCUUAGCCAGGAUUAAAAGAACCGGGGAUGGAAGCUACAAGAGUGGCUGAGUUUUGGGUCAUCUGGGUUCCUAUUCCAAAAGCCAGCUUGGCAGAGGUUUAAUGUUCUGUUAAUUAACUACUGAGUAUUGCUACCUGGAAGCUAAAAAUGACGAAGUUAACCCAUUCUGGUACAGUAUUGUAAAACGGACAAGUAUUGAAAGACAACUCUCUUUUGACACUAAGCUGAAAUUUUUCUUUUCUAUUCCCAUUGUCCCUUGCUUUGCUUUGUCCUUGUCACCUUCAUUUCUCACUGCCUCCCAAGCUAGCAGCUGAUCAGCUAUAGGUCAGUGUUCACCUUCUAAAGCUUACCAACCUUCCAAGGGUCUAAAAGUAAAGGUGUUUACCCCCAAACAACUCUCUUUUCUUGAGCUGUUCUGAGCUAGAGAUACAAGAAAAUCCCCCAAGAUUUCUCCUGUUAAUUAUUUUUUAACACAGGCUUUACCAGAUGGAAUGGAAAAAUACUUUUAUUUGACAGAGAGCUUGUAAAGCAGAUAAAUUAAUAAGAGCCAGAUUCAGCAUGUAGGCUGUGAUUCAUCGAAGAUGCAAAAGUAGGAAAGGAAAAAUGCUUGUGACCGGGCUCAGCUGCUUGUCUAGCAGGGGUGUGGAGCUUCUGCAUAUAGCAUCUGCCUCCUGGUUCGAUGGCCAUGGGGCUUGGUGGUGCUAGAAUCCAAUAACACAUCUCGGUAUAGUUUAGGCUGAGGAUUUUCUUUAAGAAGCAGUUGAUAGGAAAGGCAGGCUCUAUUAAAACAGGAUUUGAUCUUCUUUUAAUAACAAGGAUGAAUAGAAUAAAAAUCUUCAAAGUGAGGCAAGUUUGGAAUUGGUAAGUUCAGUCACUCAUGGGUGGUUUUGAACAUUGUGUGAGCUGCAAGUCCAUUUUCUUGCUCUUCUGUCAAGAUACUAAUUGCUCCCAUAAAGAAUGGCAGUGGCGUUUCCAAAUAUCUAACCAUGGGAAGAUUUUUUUUUAAAAGAUGAACUUGGAUCACAAUUAGAAAUAUAGACAUAAAAUUUGAACUAGAACAUGAGUGGUCUGUUCCUCCCACUGUUGGGAAGCAGAUGGAGAAGUUGAGGGACACUGUAGGCAGCUCCUAAUAACUUUCCAAAAGAAGUCUUCUAAGAAAACACUGUCAGGGGAUUUUGAAGUUACUGAAUACAUUUUGGGGCAUUCUAGUGAAACAGGUUAGAUAUGAGCUCUCUUCAUUCUAAUUCUCUUUACAUUAAGGCUUUUCCCUAAAGUGUUACACCCAUGAGCUCACGCCUGGCUCUGUGACCAUUUAGCCUACAUACAGGACUGCCUGGGAUAGGUGGUGGGAAUCUCUUAAGCUGUACCACAUCUGCCUCUUCUCUCCCCUCCCCCCCUUUUUUUGACGUUUAGUCUUGCUCUAGACAGCAACUUCCUGUGUGUUUACAGGGCAGUAAAGAUGGGCAGUCUCAGUAGCUUCACACAGAUAACGCUUGGGAGCACUGUACUGAUGUGUUUCUUUAGCAAGUAGAGCUGACUAUCCUUUUCCUGUGGCUUUCAGAUUCUCUCCACCUCCAUCUCUUGGUUUCUGACAUUCUGAAAACUUUAUAAAGAAAAAGUUUGGCAAACCAUUCAACAUCCCUGACUCAGAGAGGCUCUUUGUCUCAUGAGUCAUUCCAAGACAGAUGCUCCUAUUGUGCCCAUGAACCAGCCACAGAGCAAAACAGUUCCUUUUUAACCUCCAGUAUGAGUCAGGGCAGAGGGCAUGCUCAGUGCUCACUGAAUGUUUAGCAGAGCAACUUGGGCUGAUCAGUACUCCUGGGUGGCACUGCAAUGCUUAUAGAAGGGAGGACAUGUUGCCUAACUGGGAAGCACAAGAAGCAAGGGCAUGUUCCCAAGUGCCUCAGUUUGAUGGAGGGUCUGCUGAAAGCCUUGGCUAAGAUAGGAGAUCAGAGAUGCCAUGGACUUUGCAUAAAAGAUUUUGUUCAGCAAACUAAUUGGCAUUCCAUAUCACACAGCCUAGUGUAGACAACAGAAGUUCAGAAAGAUACAAUGUUAGAGUUUUGAAGACAAUGAACAUCUGUCCCUGUAGCUCAGUCAGAAAUGCAGAAGAAUAGAGGCUACAGAGACCAGCCCACAUGAAAGCAGCCUUAUCUUUGAACUGUUAAUGAAAACAGAAAUCUUAAGAUUACAGUAUAUUUGCUGGCCUGUGUCCUAGUCCUUAGAAAUGCCUUUCGAAUUAUAUUAGUUCCACAGGUCAUCAGAUGCCUGUUCUAUAUAUGAACAAUAAACUUCUAAUCCUGUUUCACGGAUCGGAACCACGCCAUGGCUGAGGACCCCAGUAUAUAUGUCUGUAGAUGAAAGCGUACCAGCUCACUAAAGAAUAGUACUUUAAAGAUUUUAAAGUUCAGUACAAGUGACACAUUAAUAAGAAACUAAGAUCCGGUUGAGUGAAUUCCUAACAGUCCUUGCCUUGUGGGCAUGCUAAGACCUUAUUUGGGUGCCUUACCUCUUCUAAUCAGUGUUGCAUGUGGGCCUGUACUCACUUCCUCUGAGGAGUUCCUUAGAACCCGAGAAUCGGUAAAUGUGGCAGGUAUAAUAAAAACUGACUGGCUGGAGGAUUAACUACAUCAAUUUGCAGUAUUCCCUUUGGGGCCUAGUUUUGGAAACUUAGGGCUGUUUUAAUGAAGUGCCCAUAUUUGGUGGAUGGUGGAAGUAAUCUGAACGUGUGUGAUUUAUAGUUUUUGUUUUAAGAUUAAAAGAUAGUUAGCAUUUUAAGUGAAAGCUUUUCUUCAUGGUUUGCUAGUAUCCUGAAUGUCUUCUCUUUAGUUGAAAUAGGUUAGUAGGAAUGUAAGAAAGCAGGAUGGUCAUGUGCUGGUGGCGAAGGCCUGGGCCACCCACCACUCUCGCUUUUGUAACAGUCCCACUUUGACAGUAACGCUACUCCUCAAAUAAGGAUGUUAAUGAGGGUAGAGCCCUCCUAAUCUAAUCAGCUCUUAAGGGUCCCAACUGUCAACUCUGUUGCAUUGGGGGGUUAAGUUCCUAACCCAUAAAUUGUGGGACAGAUUCAAACCAUAGCACUGAAGCACUGGACAUGUCACUUAACAAUGUGACUCAGUAUUACUUCUGUGAAAAUGGGAUAAUAAUCCUAACGUACCUCGGUUGGGUAGGUUGGAGUAUGGCUAAUGCUCUUUAUAAAACAUUUUGGCAUCUUCAGCAGAGGAAUUCUCAAGUCCUGCACAUUUUUAUAGUAGCUGUGUCCACCAUGGACUUGACAUGUGCCUGUGUCCCAGAAGACAUUGUUGACCUACAUUGUUCUUUUCAGAUUGAAUGGAUGCAUUCCUUAAUGUAUACUCAUUGCUAUGAAAACAUGCAGGACUCCGUUUCCUUCCUUGGGUGGGAUUUUUCCUUUGUUAUGUGCAACGGUAGUUAUUUGUAAUCUAAUAAUUUUGAAAUAAUUUUCAUUAAUAUCAACUCAGAAAGUAUUUCUACUCAUCUGAGAUUGUGUUUGUUCAUAAUAAAAUGAAAUGAAUCUGACUGCAA